CAAAUCGAUGGGAAGAAUCGUCGAGGAGGUAAGAAGCUUGCGGCGAGAUAUCGCAAAGUUGAGGAAUAGCAGAGACAAUGUUCCAUCAAAAAAGAUUAUGCCAGCAGAACCUUUAAACACAGUGGAGCAAUUUAUGGAAUUGGAGAGUUUACUCCAGAAGGAUGAAGAAUAUGCUAAAUUUAAAUCGGAACUUAUGCAAAAUAUUAAAUACACAGGAGCGAAAUUCGUCAGAACAGCUUGGCGCUCAUUGGUAUCCGAUGAAUGUGCUCAACAUUUUGCUUGGAGUGGAACGUCAGACAAAAAACCUGUCCGCGUCUUAAAAAUGUCUUCUUACAUGAAGUGAAGGGCAAUGA